UGGAAAGAGAAAAAGAGGAAAAAAAAUUUAAAAGGGAAAAAGAAUUAAAAAAAAAAAUACCCUCGCCUCAAUCCUGGAAGAAGAAGAACAAGGAGAAUUUUAUCUCUUCUAGUCUUGUUGUGUGUGAAGUUGUGAACAACUCAUACUCUCCCCUUCUCUCUCCAUCUCCAAUCUCAGUACCUUAUCGCUUCCUCCAUAUAUUAUUCUCUGGCUUUCCUUCUUCUCUCCCUCAACAGCUGUAUAUCGUAGGCGCGAAUGGAUGCUUCGGGUUCGACUUUCUCAAUCAUAGAGCUCCGUAAAGGUUUUGGCUGAUACUCUCUGCAACAUUGCUGCUUUUUAUGUGAUCAGGACUUACUUUGUACACACACAUAUAUUUGAAAAAGGAAGAGAACCAGGAUGAGCUUUUUGGGUAAAGGAAUUCCUAGCAGUGACAAAAAUCUAACUACUGUCAAAACAACAACUUUGAAUCCAAAUGCAGCAGAAUUUAUUCCUUCCUCACUCCCAUCACCCUCUGGCAAUAAUGAUUCAUCAAAGUUUGCUGAUGCAAGCACAAUUACCACAGGAAAGUUCAAAUUAGACAGAUCAGAAUCUUCUGCUUCAAACAACUCAGACGAUGAGGUGCGCCAAUAUUGGCGUUGCCGCCUCCCUGAUGACAUUAUAACUGAUAUCGAUGUCUUGAGGGAAGACGAUAAUCAUUCAAUAGCCAGUCUCCCUUUUUCCAACUUGUCUUUAACAGACAUCACUAAUACUUCAAGGUUUCCUGCCUCAACAGGCAGUGUUCAUGCAUUGAAAGAAGAGCAUGGCUUACUGCCAAACCAAAUCAAUGGUUCUAGCUUUGAUAAAAAGACUGCCCACCCUGUUUCUUGCUUUUCAGGUGAUGCAUCUACAACAAGUUUUCAUCAUUUGUCUGGUCAACACUGGGACAAGCAACUUCUGAACAAUCAUGAAUUCCUCUCUAAUGUUAGAGAGGAGCCCCCUUAUGAUUUGAACUCAAGAAAUGAAUAUAUUACUGAUAUGUUCAAUGAGCAACCUUUCAUGGAAAAUGUAGAUAUAAACCCUCUUGAAUAUCUAGCUUCAGAAUUCUCUGGUUUUGCCGCUGAAAGUCUUGCUGAAGUUUACUAUGCUAAUGGAGGUGACCUGAACCUGACAAUUGAGAUGCUAUCUCAACUAGAGCAACAAGUUGACAUUGAGUUGAAUCGAAAUCAGAAUUCAAAGGCUGUGCCUGCUCCAAACCUCAAUGCAAUGGAUUUCCCUGCUCUUUCAGUGGCAGAGAAUGAAAACAGACUGCUGGACUACUCCAGAGAUGAUCUUCAACAGGAAUUUAGUCUCUAUAGUCUAUCUGGAAAAGGAAGUACCCUUACAUUCAAGUCUGGUUCAUCUGUCCCAGACAGAGGUUCUCUUGAUUUUGCAUCUGCUGUGAAAAAGGCGGCUUCUCAAAACUCUAGCAUCUGGAGGUUUGAUAAAAAUGGAUCAAAUGAUGCAAGAGUUGGAUCAAGUAGAAGUUCUAAUAUGCUGACCAGCCCUUACAAUGGUAGCCAAAGUAGGGCAGUCUAUGCUGAUAGGAUGCAAAGCCGAGGAUCAAAUCGUGCAGCUCCUAUCUGGCUUGAAACUGGAGAAACAGUUGGCAAUAUGUAUUCUGAGAUGCGGGAAGAAGCUCGUGACCAUGCACGUUUGCGCAAUGCAUACUUUGAACAGGCUCGUCAGGCAUACCUGAUUGGUCAGAAGGCUUUAGCUAAAGAAUUGAGUGAAAAAGGUCAACUGCACAAUAUGAAGAUGAAGGAUGCUCACGCCAAAGCUCAAGAGGCUAUAUUUCGUGUUAGGAACCCGGAGAUGUCAGCAAAUGCCAGAGAGAAGAUCAUUGACCUGCAUGGGCUUCAUGUUUCUGAAGCUAUUCAUGUUCUCAAGCGUGAGCUGUCUGCUUUGAGAAAUGCAGCGAGAUCGGCAGAGCACCAUCUGCAAGUAUUCAUUUGUGUUGGAACUGGGCAUCACACCAAGGGUUCAAGGACUCCUGUCAGACUUCCGACUGCUGUCCAACGCCACCUCCUCGAGGAGGGCCUUGACUAUUCCGAACCCCAACCAGGCCUUCUACGGGUUGUUAUAUAGCAGAAUUCAAAGAAUAAGGUUCUUAAACAUAGCCCAGUCCACGAAAUAUAUAUACACUAUUAUUGUACCUGUAAUCUGGAAAGAUGUAUCAGUAAAGUUUAGUCUGUUCAAUAGGUGGAUGUGUCAUUGUUUUGUAGUUUUUUAUGGACCUGCUUUGGUCUAGUAGAUUUCUUUUUUCAUUGUCUAAAUUUCCCAAUGUAACUGAUAGUAUUCAUUUACUCUUACAGAUAAGCAUGAGUUAUAUAUCCCAUCAGUUAUAUUUACAUUCCCUUGGGGCAUUUUGAGAUAAAUUUCUCGUGUUA